UUCUGUAGACGAGAUUGUAGGAUAGAGGAUUCGGCAAAACGUUAAAGAGAGCAGAAAGUUGAUAGUCAGCUAGUGUUCUACCGGCAUCAGACGAAUUUCAGUAAUAUAGACUAGUAACAUUAUGUGUGUUUUUCAUUUUCUAGAUGUUUUGCACACUUAGCUAGAUACACUUCUAUGACACCCAGAGUCCUGUCAUGACAGGUAGCUAGCUAGUGUAGUUAGCUAGCUACCACGAUCAACAAGAACGAAGUAAGGGUAACUACGGUGUCCCUUGGCUACUGGAGCGUGGGAGUCGGGCUAGAGCUCUCACUACCGUCCGGGGACCCGGCUGGAUGCCACGGGACUGUUGCACCGAUAGAGCGCGGAGAGUUCUGCCCGUUCUGUCUAUGGCAGAGUCAGAGGAAAACUGUCAAAGGCGCUUCCAGGCUGCCGUUGACGUAAUACAGAAUCUUCCUAAGAACGGUGCUUACAGGCCCUCCUAUGAGGUGAUGCUUCGCUUCUAUGGCCUCUACAAGCAGGCGGUGUGUGGACCCUGCAGGGUCUCCCGGCCGGGCUUCUGGGACCCUGUUGGUCGCUACAAAUGGGAUGCCUGGAGUCGCCUGGGGGAGAUGAGCAGCAGUGCAGCUAUGAUGGCAUACGUGGAGGAGAUGAAGAAGGUGGCACAGGAGGUCAUUGACACGAUGCCAAUGAAUGAGAAGACGGCGUCUCUGUUCCACUACUUUGAGCCUCUCUACCUCGUCAUCCACGACAUGCCACGGCCACCGGAGGCGCUGCUGAGUCUCAGGGCAGAACUAGAGGGGAGCGACCACACAGCUAGCCCGUCAGAGGUGGAGAGUGAGGUUAAGGAGGAACCAACCCAGGGGACAUCCAGUGACCCUAAGAAUGCUGCUUCAGCGGACGGCUUGGUGGUGACCAGCGACUCAGAGAGCGAAGUCUUCUGUGACUCGCUGGAGCAGCUUGACCAAAAUAAGGGUGCCUCUAGACCAGGCAGUCUCCACAGUGAGCGCGUGCAGUCCGAGCCUUCCUGUAACCCCAUGCAGUGCCGCGCCCCCAUCUCCCGGGUGACACAGGUGGGAGCUGGACAAGGCGGAGAAGGGUCCGGAGAGGGAAGAGGUGCACCAAUGAGAGGGAGAGGCUCGGGCAGGGAGAUGCGCCAGGGACGAAGAGAAGAGACACGUGGUGAGCCACUGGGCAGCGCGUGGCGGGCGGCGCGAGCGCCCUCGGCGGCCGGCGGAGGGGACGGCUGGGAGGGAGGACCCGGGAGAGAGCAGGAUGCGCAGCUGCAGCAGCAGAUUGUACUGGCGCUGCGGCGGCUGCGAGAGGACAUGCACAGCGUGAUGGAGAGGCUGCAGGCUGUAGAGAGGCUGGCUGCUGCACAGGCUCAGAGCUCAGACUGGACACCUGCUGGAGAAUUCACAGCUCCUGCAACAGAGGAGGCUUGGUGGUGGCCAUUUGACGUGUCUGGGCGCACGAUGCUGCUCCUGCUGCUCUGGCCCUUCGUCGCUCAGGGGCUUGUGUUCCUCCUGCGCCGCAGCCACAGGAAGUCCCGUCUUGCUGCAUAGAGACGCUCCCUCUCAGAAUCGGAGAGAGAUGGCAAGAAACAGCCAAACGCUGAUUGAAGUGCGCUGGACUGGAUACACCCCCUGAUGCUUUAUUUGGAGUUCAGAUUCAUUAGGGAAAGCUAAAUCUUUUCAAACCCCCGUUAGUCUACACUAAAACUAAGAUGAAAAUGAACCUAACACUUGAGUUGUUGCUCACCUCAUGGUACCCUGUAAUCAUGUGACUAAAAUCCAUUCAAGGAUGUGGACAAAAAUUGUGAAAGACUGUAGUUUCUUUUUUUGUACCCUAUACUGUCAUUGAUUAUGUUAGUCUUAUUAUAACUAGGGUAUUGUGAGGUGAAAGGAAUAACAGCCAAAAGGUUCAUUAUUGAGGGGUUUAUAAAGAUUUUGAUUAGAGUUACCUAAAUGAAUUCUCUCGCUGGUAAAGAAGCCAUAUUCAGUCCAUUGUACAGCUAGAUCAGUGUUUUCAGUGGGCCGUCUUCAAAACUCUUAAAACUUAGCACAGAAGUUUCAACGCAACCCCCCUGAUUGAGUGACUAUGCUGCUGGAUAUUUGCCUCCUGACACCCAAGCCAGCUUUUUCCUUUUUGGGGGUGUGGAUAGAUUCUCAUUCACAUCACGACCUCAGCCUUCGUGCAGUUGUCAGUGUCUGCCCUGUUGAGCGUUGAAACUAGUUUCUCUGUCUGCAGUCUGCUUUGUCACAGUUAUGAUCAAACAAAUGCAGCAGUGCAGUGACUCAUCAAUGCAUAAGCCUCAAACAACCGUGUUCUGACAGGUUGUGUAAAGUGCAAUUUAAUAUAUAUUUUUUCUCACUAUGUGCAUUGACUUUCAGGACUCGACACAUAAUCCUCAAAAACAAUCUCCUUUCCUCAGUGGCCAAAAAACAUACCCUCCACAUCCAGAGGACGACUACUUGCAAUGCUCAUGCAUGAUAGAUUAUACAGGGGGGAAACUAAAUCAGACUCUGCCACGACACUAUAAAGAAUGAAGGCACGGAGCAAUCACCAGAAGUGUACAGAUGUGUCUUGACAUAUAUACAUGGGAGUCAGUCAUUUGUUCUGAGGAUUCUUACGCCCUGCACAAUGUUUCUAACAAACAGGUGCCUACUUGUCUGUUUACAUAUGAAACGUAACAACUAUUAAAAGAUUUGAAA